AUUGCCGGCAUCGUUCAAGAAUGCGUGGAUAGUGAAAAAGUCAUCGGUCAAGGCUACUACGCUCUCAUGCUAUUUCCUGUUUUCUUUGUAAUGAACAUGGCGAAGAAUCUGGCGGACAUCGCGCCGAUUUCUAUUGCCGGAAACAUUCUGCUUCUCGCAGCUGGAUUUAUCGGGAUCGUGUACGCUUUGAAAGAUGGAAUCGGCGACACGUGGGCCACGAUCGGGCCUAAUGUAAAUCUGUAUCCGAAGUUUAUCGGCGGUUUUUUUAGCAUGUGCUCACCGGGACUAAUAUUAGCAAUAGAACAUAGUAUGAAAAAACCUUGGAAUUAUGCUAAACCAUGUGGAAUACUAAAUUGGGGCAUGGCAUUUUUGAUCUUAAUACAUAUUUUGGUCGGAUCUAUUGGUUAUUUGAAGUGGGGACCCGAUGCGCUUGGCAACUUUAUCCGUAAUCAUGAAAUACUUGACGGACCGACACUAGCGGCAUUAGUGAUGCAAGCACUGGCAAUAUACUUCACGUAUGGAUUACAAUGUUACAUGCCCAUUACAAUUCUAAAAUACAGAUAUGCUAAACCAGGCAUCGAAACCGGUACUUGGAAAGGGACACUGUUUCUUUGGGAUCUGAUAAUUCGUCUUGGCAUCACCCUCGUUACAUGCAUUCUGGCAGCGGCGAUUCCGAAACUCGAUCUAUUUACCGGUUUGGUCGGCGCUAUAUGCAUAUCCACAUUGGCCACAUUAAUCCCGACUAUUUUGUACAUUCUUGUACACCAUGAAGAUUUCGGAAAGUUCAAGUGGCGACUGAUUUUGGGUCUCUCGAUGUUCUCCAUUGCUUUUAUCGCGGCAAUAUGCGCCGUAACGACCAAUCUCAUCUUACUUGUGGAAUUUUUUAAAUAUGAGGAUUGAAGCCGAAGCGACGGUGUUAUCUUAAUCUAGUCUCU